UCCGGCAAAAGGCAAUGUUUACCGAAACGAGAAACCAAUAACAUAAGCAUUUAUUCUGGUCGAUAUUGGUUCCAUUCGGGAGUACCUAGUGUGAUUAAACACUUGGGCAAGAUGCGUACGGCCACGGCCCUGUUGCGGAUCCGCAAACCACAGAACGAAUCGAACGUGCCCUUUCAGGAGAUGCUGCCACUACGGCUGAAAAACCAUGUCAGCGGUAAAACGGACAAAACGAGCGACGUGGCGUGCCUCCAGGAAAUGGCCAUACUGUUUUCCUGUAUGAAAACGAACGAUUUCAACGAAAGUCUGUGCACGAAGGAAGUGGGCAGUUUCCAGCGGUGCUACAAAGGGUUCUUAGACAAGAAAACGUUGAAGAAAGAAACCUCCAGUAAGGGUAUGUUAGUGGCCGGCAAGGAUCUUAAUUAUAAGCAGCUGAACAAAGUACUUAAAAAGUACCCAACCUCUGCGCAAAAGUAGAACAGUGUUUCGAGUGUGUUGCAAUUGUGUAAAUGUAGCGAAAUAUAUCGUUAUAAAAUUAUUCGUCUGAAAUGGGUAAUCCAUCGCAGUUUCUUAAGAAAAUUGGGCAAAUCUUUCGGCAGGGACCGUGUGAAACCUUCGAAGCGCCCUGUAUUGUUCGGUGCUUGAAGUACACAUUUAAUCGAAUUUAAAACCAACGGCACGACCAGCACACGUGUUGAAUUAAUUGUUUAUUCUACCUGAAUAAAUAUGUAUGUACGAAUCUA